AUGCCACCUGGGCAAGCCACUAAGAGGAGGUCGACGACCUCAAUGUCAGAGGCAAACCCGGUUGAGCUCCCAGCUGCAUCUCCUGUGGAUGCAUUUGCAAGUCUAUCUCCUGUGGAUGCAUCUCCAUCUUCGCAAACAGUUGAUAUUGGUCCAUCUGCAAAGCGAGUACGAGGUCCAACUAGGGGUAAGAACAGUAGUAGACUCAUGAGCCAACAUGGUGGGAAGAAGCUUUUUGUUGGAGUUUCUAUUGAGAGGAGGACAUUUGUGGGGCUUAAUGCCACCAAGGCCGCUAACGAAUUGGGGGCACAAAUUCGAUUGCAAGCCCCAUUGCAAGGAACAAAAAAUUGGGAGGACGUUCCACCAGUCAUUCGAGCAGCUAUUGUACAAUCCUUGCGGGAUAAGUUUGAGAUUGAAGGAUAUGAUGAGAGUCCACUUCCACAAGAAAUCAUUGGCACAAAGGCCACACAUUUGUUUAAAGGCUGGCGAUAUCAUAUGCAUGAACAUUACAAAGAGUUGGUGAAAGAAGGUACAGAUCCUUGUAGUAAACCAUUUGUUGGGGUGAGCGAAGAAGAUUGGAGAUACAUGAUUGAUGAAGUGUUUCUUGGUGACACACACAAGUUAAUUGGUUUGUGUUGCUUUGGAUUGCUGGUUGUUUGUUUUCUUUUCUCUCCUGGUUUCUCACUAACUAUUGAGGCUUGUUAUGGGAUUGUGAAGUCAUAUAGUGAUGUUGUUUGCAAUAUCCUCUUGUUUAUUGAUGUUCUUCGUCUUUUAAUGACAGAUAACCACAACAAUUGA